UCUGUUGAUGGUGAACUGGUGAAUUCGGUGCUUGUCGGCCACCAAAAUCGGCGAUCAGGCCAAAACUGACCGAGGAAUGCGCGUCGUCACCACAACCUCCCCCCCGGGGGGUCACGGCAAGGAGGAAGGAGGAGGGGAGUCCUCCUCAGCUGGGACUUUCCUCACUGCCCUCUGGGAAAAAGAGAGAAAUCACGGGGCACUGGGCCGGAGAUGCCUCCACAGAGCCGGAGGAGGAGGAGAAGGAGGAGGAGGAGGAGGUAUGCGGACCUGUGCGCGGUGGCCGGGCCGCGGCGGCGCUCGGUCCCUCCGCUCGGGAGCUCUGCUGCUGCUCGUGCCACCGUUUCUCCUCGCGCUCCAGCAGCUCCUCGUCGUGGGCUCGCGGCUCCCCGGAGCCCGCGCGCGGCCGUGGGGCGCAGGGGCAGGAGGAGGACGCGAGGGGCAGGACGGGAGGAUCGCCUUCACCGUGAUCAGCAUCGAGCCGGCGGAGAAGGCGCUCCGCCGGCGGCCAGGUGCUCGGCGGGAGGAGGAGGAGGAGGUGGAGGAGGAUGGGGAGCGGAGGGAGGGGACUCGCUUUUACGAGGAGAACGAGCUGCACUUGCGCCAGGUGGGACCCGGGGCCUUGAAGUUGCAGCCGUGGACGGCCGAUAAACCGUCCUUUGCGGCAGAACUCAGUCGUAUCAUCGCGCAUAUCACAAGGCCACAGCUGAACUGCUCCAGGGUUUUAUCUCCAGGGCAGGCUCAGGAAGUGCAGCGCCCCGCAGCUGCAGCCCACUGGCUGCUGUGUGCCGAGGACUGGCUCAUUCCAGCUGGAGACGGAGCGUGUGUUGCAUAUUCCUUCAGUAUGGACGGGAGAGACGCAGACUUCCUGAGGACCGUGUCAAGGCUGGGAUGUGAAGUUCACAGUUUUGAUCUCAGCAACUCCGAUGCAUCUGGUGGUCACCUUGGCAACAGUUUGGCGAGUAACCGUGGCGACGGAGGUGUGGUCAGCCAGCACAAGAUGUGGCUGGAGUGGCGGGCGCAAAAGAGACGCAAGCACAAGGCGAGAGGCAACCUGGGUGGCGUUUCUCAAACACUGGCGGAUAUCAUGGCAGCUCUGGGACAUCACACAGUGCACUUCUUGUAUGCUGACCUGAUGAGUGCUGAGUGGCGCGUUUUCCAGAGCUGGAUCGAGUCAGGAACACUUCAAAACGUCCAUCACCUGGUUGCCACCGUGCACCUGCAGUGGGCAGGUUUCGAGGUGGGCGGAACCAGCGAGGAAGUGCUCCGUUAUUGGUUCAGUGUUCUUCAGGGCCUUCAAGCCUCUGGACUCAAGCUGGUUCACAGCUCAGCAGGAGAGGGUCACAUUGUCCUGAAACAGACUGUAGAAAAUGCCUACAGCUCCUACACUCUGAGCUGGGUUAAUACACAACUCUGACGUUCUUACAGUGAGGAACAGAGCAGCACGUAGUCUCAAGCAGCUGGUGUCUAACAAGAAGGAGAACUGAAAAUAGCUGGUGGAGUAUAGGAGGGGUUUUUUUAAGUUGAGAUUUCAAGCACAUCAGCUCAUCUCCCUCUAGUGGACAUGAAAGGAUCUGCUCUGUGAUUGCAUAUUUUAGGGAAAUAGUGUUGUGUUCAUGAUUUGACCAAAUAUGGAGGAAAAAGACGGUUCAUCAGUAAGGCACAAUUUAUGAAAGGUAAUCAUGUCUCACUCUCAAAACAAAACGAAACAACGCACACUCUGUUAGAGGAGCAAUACCAAAGUAACAUACUUCAGAGUCAGAUUUGUCAGUAUUCCUGUAAGCAGUAAAUACUUUAAUAUGCAAUAAACCUUUGGCAUGAAGAGAGGUUUCACUUGAUUGUGCCGAUUGUAAAGGAUAUCAAAACUUCCUCUGUGAACUACACUAAAAGGCCAUGUCAGUACACUUGUACAGGAUCCAGUACGGCAUCAAUGCAGCUUUUACCAAAGCAACAUUGUCAAGUUUCUUAGGACAGCAAAGAAUUUUUAUUAAGCUUUGUGCUCAACUUGAGGUUGAAGGUUAAAGUUGUUCUAAGCUAGAUUGUAUUUUUACUGUUUGGACUUCCUGAUUGUUAAAACAUAAAGCUAUACUCCACAGGCAUUUCUGCAAAAAGCACAAUCUGCUUUUUUAACAUGUAAUGUUAGAAUGUAUAAUGAACAGUGUAUCAUCUGAAGGAACAUAAAUCCAGCCAAAAAUUAAGCAAGGUUGCAUGACAGCAGUAAUAUUUUAGUCAUGGUUGAAAGUGCAGAUGCUUGAGUUUAUCAACAUGGAGGGUGCUUAUGGAACAAUAUCAUGUGUUAUUUGGUAUUUGAGGUUGUUCCAUGAUCCAUGUGGGUUUAUGUUGUAUCAGAAGAACAUAUCUGACUGACCACCAUUGAGUUUUCACAUUCAUAUUUGCCUUUUGUUUUAUUUAUAGUCUUCAAAAGUGUUUUGUAAGUUAGGCCAAAGAGAAUAAUGAAGUCGAUCAGGACAUGAUGUUUUCUUGACAGGCCUGGGGUGAAAUAGAAAAGAAAUGUGAAGUGCUUUUGGGCGAUUUCCGCUGUUUAUCGAUUGUGUUGCACAAAUAAUAAAUCUGUUAUUUGCACUGCGCAUUUUAUUAAUACAAGUUAGCAUGCAAUGUUUGCAGUCUACCAGUCGCUCAGUAUAUCGAUCUUGCACAUUUUGUUAAUUUCACAGAUGAACUGUCCCCUAGCCCUGACCCUAGGAAGGAGCCACUAUUUGCGCAGCGCAGUCAGUGGAUCACACCCAUCACCCAAAAGUGCCUUACAGGAAUAUUUUCAUCCCACUGCUCACCUUGCAGUCACAUUAAGAAAAAGAAUGUAGAACGUGUGCAAUAAUAGAAAUAUUAUUGCACACAAAUAAAUGUCUGUAACACCGUUUCUUCCAAACCAUGUAUGCAAGAUGAUGCACAAUUUAAAUAAACAA